CCGCAUAGAGACCGGGUCCUUUACUAAAUCAGGUUUCAGCUCCCCCACCCUCUUUCGCUUUUCAAUUUUGAAAGCCAUUUCAAGCGGGAGAGAGAGCCUGUCAGAGCAGUGAGAAUGAAAAUGGCCAAACCAGAUGCAGAGAAAAGGGCUUCUAAAAGGAAGAGAAGAGAAGAAACCCUAAUGGAUUAAGAGAGAGAGAGAGAAGAACAGGAGGCCAAAAGACGAGCAUCCAUGAUUCGAAUUAGAAGAGGGAGAUAAGAACGAGUGAGGGUUUCGAAAGGAUAUACCAAAAAAUCCUAGUUUAUAGCGAGAGGAACCAGAAGCCAACAAUAUAGAAAGAGAAGAAGAAAACCAGGGCAAAUAAAUCAUAGAUUCAAAUUGAGGGGGAAAGAAUUUGAAGGAGAUCCAUGGUAGAACAGCGAAGAGUUAGAGAUUUCUACUUGAGAGAAGAAGGCGCUCCUUAAGGAGGCGUUUGAUAACUUUGUAACAGUGUGAAAGUGCCCGACUUUCACACUUACUAUACGUUUUUGGAAAUGGAGUAAAGGGGUGAAAUCGGAACACCCAUUUCCCUUUUAACUUUGCUCUUAAGAAACUGUCUUCGCAUGGGGUGGGGUGUGCCCGAGUUUUCACUGAAAACUUGCGUGUUAUUUUCUCCCCGUCAAAAACCCCAGCGAGGCGCUCUUCUUUCCCCUCUUACAAUCUCCCUCUUUUUCAAGCCUCCCUUCCCUCCGUUCUCUCUCGCUCUCUCACCUUGAGCGAGCAAGAACUAGAGGAACCUGUGCGAGCAAGAGCAGCAACCUCGCAAUAACUUUCCCAUUGCCAAACAGGUGAAAACCAACGUGAAGACUAGAUGAAGAAGAGGACCAGCAUGGCGCCACCCCCUAUGAACAGGUUGACCCGCAAAUCCAUGGCUGACCCUCCCUUGCCACCUGAUCCCCCUUUCCGCCACGCCCCACGCCGCUCAUCCACCAGUAGCUAUGGCAGCGCUAUCGGCGGGUCCCAAGACCCCUUCCCAUUUGUCAAUGACCGAUCGUACCAAGCUGCUGCCCUCCGCUCCCUCAAUGACUAUCUUUCUCCUCACCGGCCCCCCUUAAGACACCGACCCUCCGCCCUCGAAAUUACCGACACCUUUCGUUUCCUCUCCAGUCGCCUUGACUUCAAUCUCUCGCAUCUCGACCAAGACCUCCUCCCUCUCCUCCACCACCUUGGAUGCCCCCUCAAACUAAGCAGGAGCAAUCUAAAAGCACCUGCUUCCCCUCACUUGUGGCCUGUUCUCCUUGCCUCUAUGCAUUGGCUUGUUCAGGCCAUCAAAUACAAGGACCACAUCUCCUCGAACUCACAUGGCCUCAAUGAGCUCCUCGUCUACACUGCACUUAGCUAUGACCACUUCAUGAAGGGAGAUGAGGAUGCAGUCAAUGCACUGGACAAAGAGUACUUAAGGAAAGUCGAGGAGGAGAGUGAGAGUGCGGCGGCUCUGGUGCGUGAGCGUAAGGGCGAGCUAGAGGAGGCGGAGGAGCAGAUAGCUGCUUUACGAUCCAGGCCUUCAAAAAUAGAGGAGUUAGAGAGAGAAAAGGCGUCGUUUAGGGGGGAUGUGAAUAAGUUUGAGACGUACGUGGAGAGCUAUUUGGAGAAGAUUGGGGCACUGGAGAAGGGGAUUGAGGAGAGGAGAGAGAAGUUGAGGGAGGUGGAGGGGGAAAGCAGGAGAGUGAGGGAGGAGAAUGAGGGGCUGAGGAGAGAUGUGGAGGGUCAGGCAAUGAGUGUGAGGGACGUGGAGCGGAUGGGGAGGGAGCUGCAGGCAGUGGAGAGGGACAUUGCGGAGGCAGAGUUGGCCAGGGGGUCGUGGGAGGAUAAGGUGUGGGAUAUGGAGAAGGAGGUAGAGAAGGCGGUUAAGGAGAUGAUUGGAUUAGUUGGGGAUUGUAACGAGGCCAUUGAAAGGUUAAAGAUUGGAAAUGAUUUGAAGUUCAUGCUUAAUACUAGUGGAUCAUCACUUGCUGAGGUUUUGGGCAUUGAUUACAAAUCAACACUGAAACCUGCACUUCUGGCAUUUGGUGAUGACUCCAAGAAAAAUGGCAAGAAGAAGUAUGAAGAGUUUGUUGCUCUUCAGAAACAGUUGCAUGAGAAAUUUUUACAACAAGAUGCAAUGAAAAGUGACAAUGCCAGUCUUCUAUCAAAGAUAGAAGAGGCUGAGGCUGAGCAGGAUAUGUUGAGGAGAGAGAUUCAAGAAUACACGGUUCACUGUGCAGAAGAAGGUAAAAGGCUCCGAAAUGAUAUUGAGGAUAAAUCACAUCAAUUGAAUGUGAAAAAAUUGGAGGCUGAAGAGUUUCUGAAGAAGUCUAAAUUACAGUUAGGGGAUGUGAGGAAGAGAUAUGAAGAAGAAAUCCAGAUAUGUGGCGGCGAGCUCCUUCAACUGGUUGACUCUAUAUCAAAGCACAAGGAGAAGAUGGAGUUGACAUUCUCAGAGAUGAUGGGAGCUGUAAAUAAAACGGCAAAUGAGAUUGUGGAUUCCCACAAGGCCUCCUGGUUGACAAGAUGGGGAAACUAGGGGUCCCUGUGUGGGCUCAUGAAUGAGAAGUGCACUCUCUCUUUCCUAUGUAUGAAUGACCAGAUUUGUCAUCUGAUUAAAAAAGAAGAAAAGACUUGGCGCUUUGGGAUCUGGGACUUGUUGGUUUGGGUGUUGAGGGUCACAGCACAAAUUGCAUGGUUCGAAUCCCUCUGCUAACCAGAAAAAAAGACAACUUGGGGCUUGACUCUUUCGCUUUGCAGUUGUACAAUAAUAUAUCGGUUUUUGACAACUCUUCUUCAUUCACAGUGGUUCUCACAAAAUGAUAUUUUAUGCACUAUAUGAUCAUGACUUUAUUUCAUGCAUCCAGUAAAGGGGGAUUUGAAUCGACUUCUGAUGUGUCCUCGAAAAUAUUUUGAGUUUUGUUAUUCAUCUGGUUUCGUCA